AUGUCUCCCUGCUCUCUCCUCCUAUCCCUGCUACUGGCUGCAGCGCUGCAGUGUGAGCGUGCCCAGUGCAGACGUGUGAUGUGCUCCGACCGCUGCUGCUCCUUCAUAGAGGGCUUCCCCGUCAGACUGAAGGAACUCCGCACCGCCUUCUCCACCAUCAGAGACUACUACGAGGCUAAUGAUGAUCUGGAGACAGUCCUGCUGGACGAAGGGAUUCUACACCACUUCAAGAGUCCGUUGGGGUGUCACGCUAUGGACAGCAUCCUGAAGUUCUACCUCGACACGGUGUUUCCCACCGCCAUGAACAACAGAACACAGAACAACAACGACUUUAAAUCUCCCAUCGACUCCAUGGGAAACAUCUUCCACAUGCUGAAGAAAGAGAUCGUCCAAUGUAGGAACUACUUCUCCUGUAAGAAACCAUUUGACAUCAACGAGUUCACCUCCUCGUAUAAGAAGAUGCAGGAUAAGGGCCUGUAUAAGGCAAUGGGAGAGCUGGACCUGCUCUUCAACUACAUCGAGGAGUACCUGGUCUCUCAGAGACGCAAACACUGACCCCUGACCCUGAGCCUGGACCAAUCAGAAUUAGCCAAAGUUCUGUGGGUAACCCUAACCUCUAAUAACCUCAAAGUCCAAACAUCUAAACUGCAGUCCAGGAAUCUGGGACUGCGUCUUUGUGGAAGACCAUGAGACUAAAGUGUAUUGGUCCUGAGGACCUUCUCUUUAAAGUCCUGAACCACAUUUAGCCUCAGGUUCAUCAAAACUUUAUUACUGAGUCAUAUUGACUGAAACAUUCUGCUGUAAAGUUGAAUUCGUAGAAUUUUUAGGAUUGACUCUCUG